AGAUAUUGGGUAGAACGAAGCGCUGCUCCGAAGAGCACGAACCCGAACCAAGCCAUCCGACUUCCGAUAUUCCGAUACUCCGCUACUGGCGGACUGGACAGGCGUUUCGCCAACUCGCUGCCAAAAAAGCUACAAGUUGAAUAGUUGAUCGAGAAAGGGCCAAGCGGAUGGCCGCGAAAACGCAGCGCGCUAAAAAGAAAAUAUAAAAUCGUCGCGAAAUCGUCGCACUCCUGAAAACUUACCCACUGAGUCCCGUGAUUCGAAAAAACAACGACGUGCAAGACAUGACUAACCACCAGAGAAUGGAUACACUUGGGAUUUUCGUACUCAUCAGCUACUUGGGAUUAUCAAGUGCGGCCGGAGUUCAUCUAGGCGAUCUUCAACAGAAUCUGGCCGCCAAUGGAUCGGUGGUGGUGUCGCCUUUGAACACCACGGAUGCUUUCAGUGUGUCCAUCAACCUGUCGCAAUCGACUGUGAACAAUUGUCCUUCGCUGAAAAACGCAGAGUCCAUGGCGCUGAUGGAGCUGCUGACGAGACUAACCGCCCCCUGUCGCUAUGACAGGAUGGUUCCACCCGUGGUCCACAACAAAGAUGGUGAGGAGGUACCCAUGGACAUAUAUGCCCGGUUUUACAUAUAUGUGAUGAAGAACCUGGACUCGAGUGACCUGCAGUUUACGGUGCAGGGUCUGCUGCAGUUGCGAUACCUGGACCCGCGCCUGGCCUUCUCCAGCUAUCUGCCUAACCGAAGGCAGCCCAUAAUGGGGGAGUCGGAACUGAAGAAGAUGCUCUGGGUGCCACAUAUAUUCCUGACCAACGAACAGGCCUCCACUGUCCUGGGCACCAGCGCCAAGGACGAGCUGACCAGCAUUUAUCCGAAUGGCACAGUUCUUACAUCCACGCGGCUGCAGGCCACACUGUACUGCUGGAUGAACUUCCAGAAGUUUCCGUUUGAUGAGCAGAAGUGUAAGACCACAUUGGAAAGUUGGAUGUACAACACCACGCUGGUGCAACUCCACUGGGAGACCGAUAACCCAGUGAGUUUCGACAAGCAACUUCAGCUGACGGAAUACAACCUAAUUGGGUCGCUGUACAACGAAUCCAUCCGAGUGUCCAACGAAUCCUACAUGUCCCAUGGCUCCUUGGAGGGCAACUACAGCAUCAUUAGCUUCACCGUUCUGCUUACUCGGGAAGUGGGCUACUACGUGAUCGACUACUUUCUGCCCUCGAUCAUGAUAGUCACCAUUUCGUGGGUGUCCUUCUGGCUGCAGGCGGAUCAAACCCCCGCAAGGACUACUCUGGGCUGCACCACGCUCCUAUCCUUCAUCACUCUGUCCUUGUCCCAGGAGAACAAUCUGAUGAAGGUGAGCUACGUGACCAUGUCGGAGGUGUGGUUCCUGGUCUGCACCAUCUUCAUUUUCGGCAGCCUGGUGGAGUUCGCCUUUGUCAACACCAUCUGGAGGCGAAACAACGAUCUGCAACUCAAGAAGCGAACCACCAAGUAUAUAGUCAAGUCCACAUUUGUCCCACAUCUGAAGAAACAUCGGCGGCAUGGAUAUAGAAGGACCGAUAGCACUAUGAGCACCAUGAGCACCACCAGCAUGGACAAGACCUGCGGUCCCAACAACACCGUGAUCACCAUAGAGACACCAAUUAUUAUUGGAGGCAGUCUUAGUCGCGAGGACUCGGCCAUUAGCUUGGACGAGCAGGACGAGACCUCCACCUCGGAGUCCAGCGAUUCGUCGAAGGAGAAACCCGCGCAGACCUUCGCCACCAUGACACCCAAGGAGGUGUCCCUGUGGAUCGACCGCAAGAUGCGGUUCGUCUUCCCUCUGUCCUUCAUCGUGUUCAACGCCUUGUUUUGGACCCUGGUCUACUGCCUUUGAGGUGUUCGUCAGGGAAAGAGAGCCAUUCUGUGAUCCUAGAGCAUCCUCACCCUUGCCUCACUAGCCUUAGUUUCCAAAGGUACGAAGACACUUGCUUAACUUUCGGCCGACUGACUUAAUCUUCUCGCAAGGACAGACACUAAUCUUGUCAAAAUCCCACCCCAGCUAUGGCAAUAAAUGUUUUCAGGCUCUGCAAUUCGAAAAUGGUUUAAUUAUUCCCCCAGUCGGCCGAAUCUUGAGCAAGUGUCGCGCACCCUUAGUCCACAAAUCCCCGACAGGUGAUGGAGAGAUCCCUUGCUUUUCGGGGCAGUACGUGUUAUGUAGUCUGUAUUUGUUUCUAAUAAAUUAUACGUUUUGAUACAACACCUCCCCCGACUGAGCACGUACGGAUCUGAUAAAUACGUUCCUAUUAGCAGCGAGCAGGGGCCAUAAAAUCCGGGCGAUGAUGGGGCAGUCAGGAGCGGGCAGGCCGCUAUAUUUGUAUCAAUGAAAAAAUCAUAAUGCCAGCACGCCCCAUUGCAGUCAGCUCGAUUCCCUUAUUAAUUGCCCGUGAUGAUGGGACUGUUGAAGAGUCUAGCGGUUGCUGCUCCUCCAGAGGAACCGCCGCUUUCGUUGCACCAUCCAAUUCACUUGAUAAAUUAACGGCUCAUGCAACACGUAAAUUGAUUUUAAAUUGCCUUAUAAAUGAACUCCAAUUCGCCGGGCAAUAAACAAUGUUCUAUUGCGAUCUCCUCCACUAGAUGCCAAAUAAUUUCGCCAGCUAGUCGUCGGCGGUGAGAAUGGGAAUUAAUUGGCAGUGUCCAUAGCUUGGAUCGAUCCGAGGCUCAGAGCCCAUUGCUAUGCAAAGCCCAACUGACCAUCAAUCUCGGCCUUAUUCCGUUCCCGAACUCGUUUUAGCCACUCCGCCGCAAGGUGUACAUAAUGAGAUGUAAUCUGUCAAAAUUAAGUGCAUCGCCGGACCACAGGAAAGCCUCCACUACAGAAAGUCUCCUCCUGCUCCCGCCUGCUCCCUUUCUUUCGAGGAACUGGAUGCCAGUUAAAAAUUCGUUCGCUGCCUGAAACUUUUUAGGCUCGACCAGUUUAUUGAACUCGCCCAGCGAGGGCAGCUCUCUGCGUUCCAGUCACCGGAUGUUCCCAUGUCAGGCGGUAAGCCGGCCAUAUGAUAGAUGCCCCGAACAGCUGGCCACUGUGUACUUAUCAAUCGGCUCCCGUUGGGAUUCCAAUGGGCCUUGGAAAACACAAGCCCAAAACGGGCUCAACUCCCUCAACAGCACUUUUCUUUAUCGAUUGGCCGCAUAAUGGGUCAGCCGGAGUUCAUUUACACGCCGCUUAUUUGUUUAGCUUAACUUCCGAUUCCGAUUCCCCAGACCGAGAAGUAAAGUGAAAUGAAGUCCGCGGGAACUGCUAGAACUACUACUCUUCGCAAAUGAGCUGCAUAAUCCGCGAGUGCUCCAGUCCGAUUGUUUUCCUUCUUUUUUUCUUACUUUUCCUUGAGCCUCUCCUUUGGCACAUGAGAAUUACAGACAUUUCCAUUUAUUAUUAUGAGGUCCGGCCGUAUAAUUUGCAGUCACUUGCGACCGCCCGAGGCUCCCACACGUCGUCCCGCGUUGCUCAACCAUGAAGUUGCAACGUAAAUGCCACCGACUCCAGAGACUCAACCGCAAAGGCGGGGGGGAACUACAUAUAAAUGGGUAAAUUAAUAAACAAACGAACAAAAGAACCAACACUAAAGACACAAUUAUUGUAAUGCGUUACUUGGACUGCGAGAUGGGGUUUCCCACCAACCGAUGAAGUUCCACGGGGAUGGGGAAGUCGUGGGAUGACUUGAAGACAGGAAUACAAAUGGUUUAUAAGCAAUUGCAAGGCGUUUUUCAUAUUUUCAAUAGUACCAAUAUAAAAUAACAAUAUAAUAAUAUAUAAGUAGUAUAGGGU